AUGGCAUCACCACUGCUGCCCGGCGAUGCCUCGUGUCCAUCUGGACUUGAGGCAGACAAACAGUUCGGUCCCCAGGUCGAUGCAGCAUGUCGAGAGUUUGACUUCACUUUGCUCUUCGAAGAUGGCUUCUUCAUGCUUCUUCCAGCGGUUUUGUUUCUUCUUUUUGUUCCAUGGCGGUUCUGGACGUUAUGGAAGAGUCCAGUUAAACUCACCUCGAGGAGAUUGGCUAUUGGAAAGCUGACACUCCUCUCAGCCCUCUUGAUCCUCCACCUCCUCAACACCAUCUACACCACCAAAUCCUCCUCCAUACAAUCCAUCCAAACCGUCCUCUCCCUCCCCGCCACAAUCCUAACCACCAUCGCCCUCCUUUCCUCUGCUCUCCUCUCCCUCCUCGAAGAUCAACGCACCAUCCACCCCUCCGACUUGCUGGUCAUCUACUUCUCCGCCUCCACCAUCUUGUUCAUCCCUCGCUUGCGCACCCUUUUUUUGCUUUUCUCCCCUAGCCCCAUCCCCCACUUACUACCCCUACAAAUCCUCUGGACUUUUAUCUUCAGUCUAACAACCCUCGUCGCCAUCACCGAAUCCCUCGGCAAGUUCUCCCUGCUCCAGCCGCGAUACAAACAUGUUGUCGUCACGAAAGAACAGACGGCCGGGUUUUGGAGCAGGGGGUUUUUCGUCUGGCUGUUACCGUUUUUCCAGGUCGGGUAUAAAAAGAUUUUGGGCAUGGGGGAUAUACCCGGUGUGGAUGGGGAGUUGAGGGUUGAGAGUUGUGGGGGGGAGGUGGAGGGGGUUUUUAGACGGUUGCAGGUACGGGUACGGGCACAGGCACGGCUAAGAGAGGGGAAUGGGGCUGGUGGUGGGGAGCAGGUGAUGAGGAAAGGGAAGACAGAUAAAGAGGAGGAGGAUGGCGGGAAGGGGAAAAAGAAGGAAAAGGGAUGGAUAUUGAUCCGCGCGACGUACGAGGCCAACAAAUGGCCUUUUUGGUCAGCUGUGGUGCCGAGGUUGGCGCUCAUGGGGUUUAGUCUCUGUCAACCAUUUCUGAUCGAGGCGGUGGUUGGGUAUUUGGCUUCGAGGGAGCAGAAAUACGGAGAAGAUGGAAAUGAAGACGAGGCGCCUCAACCGGCUUAUUACGGCAGAGCGUUGGUGGGCGGGUUUGUGUUGUUGUAUGUUGGUAUUGCUGUUUCAAGGGCAAUAUACUGGCGACAAGCGAACCGGAUGAUUGCGCGAAUUCGGUCGGGGCUUAUUGCUAUGGUUUAUCAGCAUACCACUGCUCUCCGGGCUGUUGACGUCAAGGAUUCUGCGGCAGUCACUCUGAUGGGAACGGAUGUGGAACGCAUCGUUACGAGCAUCAAGAACGUUCAUGAACUGUGGGCAUCGAUACCGGCUGUUGGUAUUGCCAUUUGGUUGUUGGCUCGCCAGGUGUCGUAUGCUGCUAUGGUUCCUUUGGUGAUCUGCUUAAUAUGCGUCGUCGGAGCAUCCUUCAUCGGAGCAGGCACCGGACCUGCGCAGGCGGCAUGGAACGAACGAGUUCAAAAGCGAGUCGCCGUCACGGCCAACAUGCUCGGUGACAUGAAAGCCGUCAAGAUGCUGGGACUCACCGGCGUGCUAGGCAACAUCAUCGACGGCCUACGCAGAGCCGAGUUGAAGACUUCAGAGAAGUUCCGCAAGUAUUUACUCUGGACGAUCCAAGUUUCCAACGCACCAGCAAAUGGUGUCGCCCCCUACGCGACCUUCGUCGUCUACGGCAUCAUGUCCGCAGUGAAGAAAGAUCAAAACCUGCUAGCAGCAAAAGCCUUCGCCUCCCUCUCGCUCAUCAACCUGCUGACAGGGCCCUUGCUUAUUUUCUGUCAAGCUUUCCCGGCUGCGAUGCAGGCCGUGGCAUGUUUCGGGCGUAUCGAGACAUAUCUGACUAAACAGGGUUUGAAACAAUCGGACAAUAACUUGUCCUCGGCGGCGGGAGCCUCUUCUUUCGAGAGUGGAACAGAGCUAAGGAGCGUGAGACCGUUGGCCUCUGAUACAACAGCAACAACACCAGGAAUAACACCCGCCUCGUUUAUAUCUGCCGAUGUCUCCUGGUCAGCGGAUGCCACCGAAUCGGUGUUGCAAGAUGUAAACUUGGCUAUCAAGCCGGGGUUCACAGCCAUUAUCGGUCCUGUUGGCUCUGGCAAGUCUACGCUUCUGGAGAGCUUGGUGGGAGAGACGACCGUCAAGCGCGGAUCCGUCGCCACCAACUUUUCCCGGGCAGCUUACUGCCCACAAGCAGCCUGGCUCAUGAACGACACCAUCCGCCGCAACAUCACGGGCGGCAUCGAGGACUAUGAGAUCGACCAGAAGUGGUACGAUUCGUGUAUCCUAUUAUGCGGGCUUCAGCGUGAUCUCGAGAGCAUGAUCGCGGGUGACCAAACAAUUGCCGGAACGAACGGCUCGUCGUUGAGCGGAGGGCAGCGGCAGAGAGUGUCCCUCGCCAGAGCCGUAUACUCUCGUGCUCCAGUUAUUAUUCUUGACGAUGUCAUGAGUGGCCUGGAUCCGGCGACUGCCAAGGAAAUUACUACGAGGCUGUUUAGCAGGCAAGGCCAACUUCGUAAGGCGGGUGUUUCGGUUAUACUUGCCACGCAUAACACGCGCCUCCUCCCCUACAUGGACGAGAUAGUAGUGCUCAAGAGCGGAAAGAUCGCGGACACUGGCCCAUACAGCGAGAUCCAAUCGCGAGGUGACCUCAAGCUAAUGGUCAUGACCGACGACGAUGCCAUUGUGUCCGGGGAGCAGCAGGGGCAGUCCGCAGAAGAUGAAGCGGCACCAAGAGAUAUCAAAACCUCCAGCACCACACCAAAGCCUUUAGACACAACGCAACAACAACCACCAAAGCCACCCAACCUCGAACGUCGCCAGGGCAGCUGGUCCGUCUACGCCUACUACGCCCGCAGCGCCGGCGCCCUCAGCCUCUCCCUCUGGGGUUUCUUCACCGUCCUGGGCGCCAUCACAUCCAACUACAUGACCAUCUGGAUAUCCACCUGGAGCUCAGCCAGCACCCCCUCGGCCUCCAACCCCGAUCCGCGCCCGAAUCUAGGUUACUACCUAGGCAUCUACACGCUCCUCGUCGUGCUCGCCCAAAGCGGCGCCGUAGGCGAAUGUUUCAUCUUUCUGAUCAACAUCAUCAGCCACACGGCAUUAUCUCUUCACACCGAUCUUUUGAAUUCGGUUUUGUCGGCUCCGCUCUCGUUUUUCUCCCUGUCGUCAUCGUCACUCACAGACUCAACCCCAGAGAACGACAACACACCGAGUCCAGAAGACACCGGCACAAUAACCAACCGCUUCUCCCAAGACAUGGACCUAAUAGACAUGACCCUGCCCAUCCAAGCCAUAAUGUUCACCUCGGCGGGCUCCUACGCUCUCGUGCAGCUCAUCAUCCUGUGCGUUUUGGGGAAAUACCUGGCCGCCGCCGUCCCGCUUUUGGGCGCGACCUUGUUUCUCGUGCAGAAAUACUACCUGCGCUCGUCGCGCCAGCUGCGUCUGCUCGACAUCGAAGCCAAGGCGCCCGUGUACAAGCACUUUCUCGAGACGGUGACGAGCGGCGGCGUAGUCACCAUUCGCGCGUUUGGAUGGACUGAAAGAUGGCAAAGGGGGCUUGGGGAGAUGGUGGAUCAGGCGCAGAAGCCGUUUUACAUGCUGGCGUGCAUCCAGCAGUGGUUGGCGCUGGUGCUGGAUUUGGUGGUGGGCGGGAUGGCGGUCGUGUUGGUUGCUGUUGCUGUGGGUGUCGCGCCGGAUCCGGACAUGGAUGAUAAAGGAGGGUCGAACAAGAAGAAGGCGGCCGCCACGUCGAUUGGGGCGGUGGCGAGGGUGAGGGACUUUGUUAGGACGACGCCCAAGGAGGAGGAUCCGGCGGCCGCGAGUUAUGACCAUGACGGAGAAGGAGAUGGAGAAGGUGAUGGUGAUAGACUGGCGGGAUGGCCUUCCAGGGGUGAGAUCGAGAUCGAAAAGAUCUGUGCCAGAUACGGCCCCGCCACCUCCUCUUCAGGCCCCCCAGCCCUCAAAAAUCUCACCCUCACCAUCCCCGCCGGCUCCAAGCUCGCAGUCAUCGGCCCCUCCGGUUCCGGAAAAACCACCUUCCUGCUCUCCCUGCUACGCAUGAUCCCGCUCUCUUCCGGCUCCAUAACCAUCGACGCCCUCAAUCUGUCCACCAAUAAAAUCCCUCUUUCCCGCCGCAUCUUCAACGUGAUCCCCCAAGACCCCUUUUUCAUACCCAACGCCACUUUGGCUUUUAACCUCGACCCUUUUUCUUACCUUUCCCACCUCUCCGAAGCAGAAGCAAAAGAAAAGAUGGAAUCGGUUCUUCGACUGGUUACACUCUUUCCCGGCCGCGUGACUGCCUCCAACGGCCUUGAGCAGGGACAGGGACAGAAAAGUGGACAAAAAACGACGCUCGACACCGAAUUGAUCCCGUCCGAGUGGUCAGUGGGCGAACUGCAGCUGCUGGCGCUGGCGCGGGCGGUGUUGAUGAAGGGCCACACAAAAAUCUUGGUGCUGGAUGAGGCGACCAGUAGCGUGGAUGAGAAGACGGAAAAGGUGAUGCAGGAGGUUAUUGAGGGGGAGUUUGCGGAGCAUACGGUUAUAGCCGUGGUGCAUCGGUUGACGUAUAUUGAACGGUUUGAUCUGGUGGCUGUGUUGAAAGGGGGGGAGAUGGUGGAGUUUGGGAAGCCCUGGGGGCCGGGGGGGUUGGUUGAGAGGGCUUUGGAAAGUCGGGGUCGGGGUCAGGGUCAGGGGGAAGGUGAAGGUGAAGGUAAAGGUGGAGGAAGUGUGAGUGAAAGUGUUUUUGGGGAGUUGUAUAAAGGGUUUUAUCAUCAAGGGAGUGGGAACGAUGCCUCGGGGUGGAGGGGAUGA